GGCUGCUUGGCUAGCACCUCCUCCCCUUGCUCCCCCAAGUCCCCCUCCUUACAGCACGGAUAGUAAUAAGCGGCCCUCGCUGGAUUGCUGAGUCAUUCGGCAUACGCGAAAACGAUAAUGCGCCGCUUUUGCCGAUAAGCAGCCCCCGGUCGCGCUUAUCGCGACAAGCGCCGUUCCGUAGCGAAAUUUCAAGCCCAGAGCAGCUGGCUGAGCCGACGACACCUUCGUCCCAUCCGCCAAGCUAUCCUCGCUCGCUCCCCAAACGACGCUUUUGCUCUUCACCCACCCCCAGCCACAGCCACCAUGGACAUGUUAACAGCCUCGGAGCAGCGCACGCUGGAGCAGCGCAUGCAGAAGCGCCAGGUCAAGGAGUUCAUGGGCGCUUUCGGCGGUCUCGUCGAGCACUGCUUCAACUCGUGCGUCGACGACUUCACGUCCAAGGCGCUGUCCUCGCGCGAGAACGGCUGCAUCAACCGCUGCGUCCUCAAGUGGAUGGCCACGCAGCAGCGCGUCAGCGAGCGCUUCCAGGAGCACAACGCCCAAAUCACCCAGCAGAUGCAGAAAUAAUAACGGCAAGGAAGGGGAGGGGCGGGGGGUGUUGGCGGGGACGGAAGCGCCCGCAUGCGCGCGCGCUGGCUGAAGAUCAUCUUGGGUACACCACUCCCCAGGGGGGAAGGGAGGGCAAGCAAAUAUGGCCCGCGACGGUGGCCGCAGCGGCGGCUGGGGACGGGGACGGGGCGGAGCGGGUGGUUACACGGGGGACAAUAACCAACCCCCGGAUGAGGGUUGUGUGACUGGCACCGUCGGUCUAGGUGCUGCAUCCAGGUGCUCGGCGCGUGAGUCGACCGCGUGCGCCUGGUCCAUGUACGAUAUACGCUUGUUGCACAGGGACAUCGGGGACAGUGUUGUCGGAUGGCCCGUAUGCAAAGGCUCCGGCUGCUUUGCCUCGUGCUGCAGCCUGCGCUUGUAUUUCUAUCAUCGCCACGAAUUCGAAAGAGAAGGGCCGGCGGGCAUAAAUGAAUACCGCACCACAUGGUCCUCACAGCUGUGCACGUUGUCAAGUAG